AUGGAGUACAAUAUCAUUUCAAAGAUGAAAGUUGAAGAGUUAAAAAACUAUUUGAAAUUAAGAGGAUUAAAAUUAAAUGGUAAAAAAGAAGAGCUAGUUGCUCGUGUAUUUGCUGCAAUAGAAAACAAUGUUCUACCAAUAAAAACAGCAGUAGAAGUUGAGGCAGAUUUAAAAAAAGAAUAUAAUUUGAAACUGGAAUUAGAAGAUAUGCAGAUACCUGAUCCGUUCAAAAUUUUUGAUGGCUGGAUGGACGAACAGGAGGGUAUGCCAUUCUGGCCAAUGUUAUUAUAUCCAGAUAUAUUUAAUUAUUUAAUGUUUAAUCCCUCAGAACUCGGAAGUAAUGACUUAAGUGACUAUAAAGACUCAAAAGCAUACAGCUACUAUAAAUCUUCCUGGCUUCAGCCUCUUAUGUAUCAUAAUUUAACAGGUAGUAAUUACUGUAUAUUUAAAUCAGAAUGUCGGAGAUCACAGUCUAUCAAUGAUACAUAUCAUAAACUGUGGCUAGUAUUAGAAAAAAGUGCUAGAAUUAAAGCCUGUCAUUGA